AUGGCAAAUCUUGUACCUGGAGUGUUACUCAAGCUUUUGCAGCAUAUGAAUACAGAUGUCAAGGUUGCUGGGGAACACAGGUCAUCUUUAUUGCAAGUGGUGAGCAUUGUACCAGCAUUAGCAGGUGGUGAGUUAUUCCCUAAUCAAGGGUUUUAUCUUAAGGUGUCGGAUUCAUCUCAUGCCACUUAUGCGAGUUUACCUGAUGAGCAUGAUGAUUUAAUUCUUAGCGAUAAAAUCCAAUUAGGCCAAUUUAUUCAUGUUGAAAGGCUUCAAUCAGCCUCACCAGUACCUAUUCUUCGAGGAGUUAGGCCAGUACCUGGGAGGCACCCUUGUGUUGGGAGCCCUGAAGAUAUUGUAGCAACUCAGUCUCCUGGUUUUCUCAAUAAUAGUCAUGUAGAGAAAGUGAAAUCGCCUACAAGGGGUGCUUUGGGCAGUAGUAAUGUUGGAGAGAAGGAUAAAUCGCUGGGGUUUAGGCUCAAUGCUAAUUCCCAUAAGGAGGCUUUGUCGGAUAAGAAAGCGAGUCUGACUCGAUCAAAGUCUCAAUUGGCAAAAAAACAUACACUAAAUUUGGAUUUGAAGAAGGAAUCUGUGGCAAAAUCUAAGUCUUCGAGUUCAAGAUCAAUUCCGUCUUCUCCAACUAGUUGUUAUUCAUUGCCUACUUCAUUUGAGAAGUUCUCAAAUGGGGUUCGGCAGCAGGCUAAGGUUAAGGGAUUGGACAAGGGAUCACCUAGGAUAGUAGAAAGUUCUGUUCUUGGGCCGAGUCCCACUGCGAAGAGGGUGCCGGUGAUCAAGAAUAUUGUUCAGGGGAUUGAGUUUGGUGCCAAAGCUUUGAGGAAAAGUUGGGAGGGGAAUAUGGAGGUGAAGCAUAGAGAAAAUUCAAAAUUGAGACCUGCCAGACACGAUCCAAAGCCUGAAGCUCGGAGUGUUUCGACUCCAAGAAAAAGUACAUCAAGUGAGAGAUUGCCAUCUAACGAGGAUAAUAGGGCUCAAUUAUCUUCUAAGUCAUCUAAAGAGGAGAAUAAAAUUCAGACAUCUACCAAGAGAAAUGUUGCAAAUGGAAGUUUGGAUGAACAAGACAAGUCAAAUAAGUUAAGAACAACUGCUGGAAAGAAAUCAUCAGAGCAUGCUAACAAUGCGUUCCUAGGAAAUCUGGUCAAGGUUUCAGUAAAUAGCAGAAGACUAACUGAAGGAAGUGUUUCAUGGAGUUCACUGCCCUCUUCUCUUGCCAAACUUGGAAAGGAAGUUAUGAAGCAUAGAGAUGCUGCACAGAUGGCAGCAAUAGAGGCUAUUCAAGAGGCAACUGCUGCAGAGAGCUUACUUCGAUGUCUAAGUAAGUACUCAGAGCUGACUUCCUCUGCUAAGGAAGAUAACCCACAGCCUGCUGUGGAGCAGUUUUUAGCUCUUCAUGCAAGCUUGAAUAAUUCUCAGUUGAUUGCCGAAUCUCUUUUUAAAAUUAUCCCAGUGGGUUCUUCCCUAGAUUCUAAUGACAAUACAUCUGAAGAAGCACUAAAAGUCACAUCUGAUAGACGUAAACAUGCAGCCUGUUGGGUCCAAGCUGCUUUGUCCACCAAUCUGUCAUCCUUUUCAAUAUUUACCAAAGAAACUACUUCAGCUCCUAGUCAAGGUCAAAAGUCUACUGUCAGCAAUCAGCCUGUUUUAGUCCUUGAAAACUCUUCUAAGAAUACCUCAACAAAAACUCAAGCGAAAGCUCGUCCAACAGUUGGCUCCAAGCUUGUAGCGACUGGAGCUUUCCGCAAACCAGGGGAAAAUUCUGCCAUUAGUCAAAAGGUGCCACCCCAACCUCCACCAGAAUGGAUCAAAGGAAAUGGCCUUGAUGAGGCCGUGGACCUAGCUGAAAUGUUGCGGAUGGAAUCCCAGGAUUGGUUCUUGGGAUUUGUUGAGAGGUUCUUGGAUGCUGAUGUGGAUAUCUCAGCUUUGUCAGAUAAUGGUCAAAUAGCAGGGAUUUUGACGCAGCUCAAAAGUGUGAAUGACUGGUUAGAUGAGAUUGGAUCGAACAAGGAUGAAGCAGAAACACCCCAUGUAUCAUCAGAGACUGUUGACAGGUUACGGAAGAAGAUUUACGAAUACCUUCUUACUCAUGUCGAAUCAGCUGCUGCGGCGCUAGGUGGUGGAUCACAACCAUCGCCCGCGAUUCGAACUAUAGAGACUAAAACAAAGAGGUGA